AUGCAAGACUCCCAACAUAUAACUGAAGGUGGGAAUGCCGCCUUCCACAAUUAUGUUAAUGACUUCGCACAUAUUGAAGAUCCAUUGGAAAGAAGAAGAUUAGCCCUGGAAAAAAUUGAUAAUGCUAAAUUUGGUUGGGCACAAAUAAGAACCAUCCUCGUUGCCGGGGUUGGGUUUCUCACUGAUUCAUACGAUAUUUUCGCCAUCAACUUGGGUAUCGCCAUGAUGUCUUAUGUAUAUUGGCAAGAUAAGAUGCCCGCUUCCACUGCUACUUUAUUGAAAGUAUCCACCUCCGUGGGCACUGUCAUUGGUCAAGUUGGGUUCGGUACCAUUGCUGAUAUAGUGGGUCGUAAGAAAAUUUAUGGGUUAGAAUUGAUAAUUAUGAUUGUCAUGUCUGUACUACAAACCACCACGGGUGAAUCAAGAGCUAUUAAUUUUGUAGCCGUGUUGACAUUUUAUCGUAUUGUUAUGGGGAUUGGUAUCGGUGGUGAUUAUCCAUUGUCCUCCAUCAUUACUUCUGAAUUCGCUACGACUAAAUGGAGGGGUGCCAUUAUGGGAGCUGUUUUUGCCAAUCAAGCUUGGGGUCAGAUUGCAGCAGGUAUUGUUGCCCUUGUUUGUGUUGCUGCCUAUAAGGAUCAAUUGAUUGGUGCUGAAACCGCAGAAAUGUGUGGUCCCGAUUGUAUGAAAGCUUGCGAUCAAAUGUGGAGAAUAUUGGUUGGUUUAGGGGCAGUACCAGGGUUAGCAGGCUUAUAUUUUAGGUUAACCAUUCCAGAAUCACCAAGAUAUACAUUGGAUGUGGAAACAAACGCAGCACAGGCUUCUGAAGAUAUUGAAAAAUUUGUAACAAGUUCCACAUUAUUGGAGAAGAAUAGUUCCCAUAGUCACAUCAGCCCUAAUUCACAAGAAACACUAAUGGUUCAACCUCCAAAGGCCUCAUUUAAAGAUUUUUGUCGUCAUUUUGGUCAAUGGAGAUAUGGUAAGAUCCUAUUAGGGACGGCAGGUUCUUGGUUCAUGCUAGAUGUUGCAUUUUAUGGAUUAAGUUUAAACACUGCAGUGAUCCUACAAGCUAUUGGCUAUGCAGGUUCCGAAAACGUAUACAAGAAAUUGUAUAACUCUGCUGUGGGUAACUUAAUUUUAAUUUGUGCUGGUUCUUUACCAGGUUAUUGGGUCUCGGUCUUCACGGUGGAUACCAUUGGUAGAAAACCAAUCCAAUUGUUUGGGUUCUUCAUUCUUACUGUCUUAUUUUGUAUCAUUGGAUUCGCUUAUGAUAAAUUAAGUGAUAAAGGUCUGUUAGGACUAUACAUUGUUUGUCAAUUCUUUCAAAAUUUUGGUCCCAACGUCACCACGUUUAUCGUCCCAGGUGAAUGUUUCCCAACAAGAUAUAGAUCCACAGCUCACGGUAUUUCUGCAGCCUCUGGUAAAAUUGGUGCCAUUAUUGCGCAAACUGCAUUGGGUACUCUAAUUAAUCAUAAUUGUGCCAGAGAUGGUAAGAAGGCUAAUUGUUGGUUACCUCAUGUGAUGGAAAUUUUCGCACUAUUUAUGCUACUGGGUAUCUUCCUAACAUUAUUGAUCCCUGAAACAAAACGUAUGACAUUAGAGGAUAUAAGUGAGAAAUAUCACGAUGAGGUAGACCCUUCCAAGUUUGGCCAUAUUAUGGUCACUCACGAGAGCAGUAGCGCAGGCUCCACAUCAAAGCUGCCGGAAGAAUCCUGA